UGAGGGCGGAGCGCGAGGUGCACGAAGCGCUUCUGUCAUGGGACUCAGUCACAUGACUGUCUUCAUCGUGCACUGACUCUCGCGCUGUCACUUUAUUCGGCUGUUAUUGUUGAAGAUGGCGGAGGAAAGAGAACCUCCACCUUUGCACGACGAUGUACAGACGGACUUUACAGAACUCGAAGACGGCGAGGAUUUGUUCGUCAGUACAAUGAGCGUGAUCGAGUCCAGUUCAACAUCUCCAGAACCAGCAAACCUGCAAGCAGAAGACAUCAGUAGGAGCACCAAUGGACCCAAACACGCCGAGAUGAUACUAGAUGAUGAUGAUGAUGAUGAUGAUGAUCAGGAUGACCUCUUUGCUGAAGCGACAGACGAGGUUUCACUGGACAGUCCAGAGCGACAGCCGAUUCUGUCUGACGGCCCGUCGCCCGCCAUCACACCCGUCACACCCACCGUCAUGAUGAACCCAAGAGUCGACGUGGCCGCUUUUGACCGAUUGAUGGAGGAGGAUGAAGAUGAAGAAAACAGGGACACAUUUGACAUCCAGAUUUCAGUGUCUGACCCUGAGAAAGUGGGUGAUGGCAUGAAUGCGUUCAUGGUUUAUAAAGUGAGCACUAAGACCAGCCUGGCCAUUUUCACCAGAGAUGAGUUCUCAGUCAAGAGGAGGUUUAGUGAUUUUCUGGGUUUGCACAGUAAAUUAGCAUCCAAAUACAUUCACAUUGGAUACAUUGUGCCACCUGCUCCAGAGAAAAGCAUUGUGGGAAUGACAAAAGUCAAAGUUGGGAAAGAGGAUUUAUCAUCGACAGAGUUUGUGGAAAAAAGAAGAUCAGCUUUGGAGAGGUAUCUAAUGAGGACCGUCAAACAUCCCGCGCUGCUCAAAGAUCCGGAUGUUCUGCAGUUUCUGGAGAGUUCAGAGCUGCCGCGAGCGGUUAGCACACAGGCGCUGAGUGGGGCCGGAAUAUUGAGGAUGGUAAACAAAGCGGCCGACGCUGUCAACAAAAUGACAAUCAAGAUGAAUGAAUCGGAUGCGUGGUUCGAGGAGAAACAGCUUCAGUUUGAGAAUCUGGAUGUUCAGCUCAGAAAACUUCACGCAAGUGUUGAAUCUCUCGUGUGUCACCGGAAGGAGUUGUCCAUAAACACGGCAGCCUUCGCAAAAAGCACCGCCAUGCUGGGAAACUCUGAGGAUCACACGGCGCUGUCGCGGGCGCUGUCACAGCUGGCUGAGGUGGAGGAGAAGAUGGAUCAGCUACAUCAGGAGCAGGCGUAUGCUGAUUUCUAUCUUUUCGCUGAGCUGUUGGGAGACUACGUACGACUUCUCACCGCGGUUAAGGGAGUGUUUGACCAGCGGAUGAAGACUUGGGGUAAAUGGCAGGACGCACAGGUUAUGCUGCAACGCAAGAGAGAGGCGGAGGCAAAGCUUCAGUACGCCAAUAAACCCGACAAACUUCAACAGGCCAAAGAGGAAAUCAAGGAGUGGGAAAGUAAAGUACAACAGGGUGAAAGAGAUUUUGAACAGAUAUCAAAAAACAUCCGGCGUGAGUUGGGAAGAUUUGAGAAAGAUCGAGUGAAGGAUUUUAAAGUGGUUAUCCUGAAAUAUCUGGAGUCACUGGUUCACACCCAACAGCAGUUAAUAAAAUAUUGGGAGGCAUUCUUACCAGAAGCCAAAGCUAUCGCAUAAUCAGACAAACGCACAGCCCGACCGGACGUCUCUCUUUCUUUCUUUCUUCAACAGUAUGCUGCACGGACUUCAUUAAAAACUAAAUAACACUACAGUCAAAUGAUUCAGAUUAUUGAUGUACUUUCUAUCUUUCUGAUGUUUUACUCUCAGUGUGGUCAGAUGAAGUCUUUCUUUCUUAUAUCAUUCAAAUGAAAGUCAUUGAUUUAAAGUGAUAAUAGGCAAUGAUCCGAAAGGGGAAUGCCUUUAUUUUCGAAUGAAAGCGUUAUUCUCAGAAUCAGUAUUUAAGAGUAUUAAUCAUAUUAUUAUGUCCAUGAGAAUUCAAGAUGGAUCUCAGUCCCCAACUUUGACACUUGUGUCUACGUAUAUACAUAUGUACAUUUUUUUUUAAAUUUUGUUUUAUUUGCUUUGUAGCCUUAAAUCUUUUGAAAGUUUGUUUGAUUCAGAGAUUUUUAAGUCACAGGUAUUUUUUACCUUUACAUUCCUGUCCAACGAUAUCUGAGACUUAAUAAAGAAUUAAAUCAAGUAUCACAA